AUGUCACAAACGAUAACAAUUUCGCCGCGUAUAUCUUUAAGUUCGAGUUCAAUAAAAUCAUACGAACAGACUUCUCCUAAAGAGAGAGUUUCUAUACAUACUCGAGAACCUCCGGUAACACGAUCGAUCGUGCCAAUUAAAGCCGAGUGUCAAGAAUCCAAAGUUCAACAUAAUCUCUCAAGAUUUAAUUCAUCAACGAUGAUGAACCCAGGUCUACAUCGUUAUAUAUCACCAAAAAACAGAAAUAAACUUGCGAGAUAUAAUUCUUCCGAUUCGAAAGUAUCUUUGACAGAAAAGAGAGGUUCUUUAAUAUUCACAAAUUUUUUUGAUCGGCUUCGACAAGAGGAGAAAAAAGUAAAUUUGGAAAUUAAGCGAAGAAGCGAAACGUUAAUCACAAAGUCGAUUUCACCUUUAAUUGGACCUUCUAAACAUAAUUCUUAUUCUGGUCGAACAAAUGUUUCCUUUUGCUAG